AUGUACAAUAUUAGAACUACUUUAUUUUUAUUAACUACGAUUAUUUACUUAAUAGAACCAACAGAUAGUGGAGCUGUACAGCUUACUGAACAAAACUUAGAUAAUAUUUUGGCUUCCAAUGAAUUAGUCUUUAUAAAUUUCUAUGCUGACUGGUGUAGAUUUAGUAAUAUGUUGAUGCCUAUAUUUGAUGAAACAGCAGACGCAGUAGCUAAAGAAUUUCCAGAAGCUGGAAAGGUUGUGAUGGGUAAAGUAGAUUGUGAUAAAGAAAGCAGUAUAUCUUCAAAAUACCACAUCACAAAAUAUCCAACCUUAAAAGUGAUUCGUAAUGGCCAGCCAGCAAAGAGAGAGUAUAGAGGACAAAGAUCAGUAGAGGCUUUUACAACUUUCAUAAAGAAACAAUUAGAAGACCCAGUGAAAGAAUUUAAACAACUAAAAGAAUUGGGAGAAUUAGAAUCGGAGAAGAGAAUUAUCAUAGGUUACUUCGAUCGUCGUGAUCAGCCGCAGUACAGUAUUCUCCGUCGUGUGGCCACCAACCUCAAAGACGAUUGUGAUUUCCAUGUCGGUUUCGCGGAAGCUUCCCAACAAAUGCAUCCCGCAGGUCAGCCCAUCAUAGUGUUUAGACCCGACAAGAUUCGUACAAAUGAUCGUGAUGAAACUUAUCCCGGAGGUUUUACCAACUUCGAUGAGUUGCACAAUUGGGCAUUGGAAAAAUGCGUGCCUUUGGUUAGAGAAAUCACCUUCGAGAACGCUGAAGAAUUGACAGAAGAAGGAUUGCCAUUCUUGAUUCUAUUCCAUCUUCCUGACGACAAAGAAAGCAUUAGGAAGUUUAAUGAAGUUGUGUUGGGCGAGUUGUACUCCGAGAAACAAUCGAUCAACUUCCUUACCGCUGAUGGCAAGAAAUUCGCCCAUCCACUUCACCAUCUUGGCAAAUCAGAAAAGGAUCUGCCACUUAUUGCCAUCGACAGCUUCAGACACAUGUACCUAUUCCCCAAUUAUCAAGACAUCCACGUACCCGGAAAACUGAAGCAAUUCCUUAAGGACCUCUACUCUGGUAAAUUGCACAGAGAGUUCCAUUACGGUCCUGAUUCGGAUAGUAACACCGAACAUCAACAAACAACACCACCCGACAGUACUUUCAAGAAAUUAGCUCCUUCGAAGAAUAGAUAUACUUUGUUAGGAAGAGACGAAUUGUAG